AUGGACUAUUUAUGGGAUGGGCUUGGGCUCAGGCACAGACCAAGCCUCAGACAGUGGGAGAUGAAGCAAGAGUUAGGGUCACAGCUGCUACAGACCCUGAUGUGGAGGCUGGGAGGAUGCCGGAGACUGUGCUCAAGGGCUCUCCAGGAGCCCCUCAGGGAGCUGGAGCCCCCAUCUGUUUCUGUGAGGCCCUUUGAGGCCAUUCCCCAGAGCAAAGGCAACCCCUGGACCAAACUGCUGCGAAUAUGGAAGGACAAAGGCUAUGAGAACUUACACUUAGAGACCCAGCAGAACUUUCAGAAGUUGGGACCCAUCUACAGGGAAAAGGUGGGCACUGUAAGCACAGUGAAUUUGAUGUUGCCCCAGGAUGUGGAGAAGGUGCUGAAGGCUGAAGGAUCAUUACCCCAGAGGAGUCUGGUGAUGCCCUGGGUGGCUCACAGACAGAGCCGCAAGCUCAAGCGUGGCAUCUUUCUCCUGAAUGGGAGAGAAUGGUUGGAUGACCGUAUGAAGUUGAACCAGGAAGUGCUUUCCCUGAAGAGUACUACUCAGUUCAUACCCUUGGUGAAUUCUGUCUGCCAAGAUUUUGUCCAACACUUGAAUAAUCAAAUCCAGAGGAAUGUUCGAAAGUCUAUCACCUUCAGCAUCUGCCCCCAUGUAUUAAGAUUCACUUUGGAAGCUGGUACCUAUGUCUUGUAUGGAGAACGACUGGGAUUGCUAAGUGAUGACCCAGACCCUGAUGGUUUGAAGUUUAUCCAGGCCAUGAACACCAUACUAUCUUCUACACCUCUACUCAUCUACACACCCUUUGCCCUGAGCCAACUGAUCAACUCCAGGUUAUGGAAACUACACUUAGCCUCUUGGGAUGUUGUUUUCCAGUAUGCUGAAAAGUGCAUUCAGAGAAUCUACCAGGAGAUGUGUUUGAAUGGCUCAUCCCAAUACUCAGGUAUCAUGGCUGAACUGCUGGCAAGGGGUGACCUCUCUCUAGAUGCCAUCAAAGCCAACGUAACGGAACUCACUGCUGGAAGCGUGGAAACGACCGCAUUCCCCCUGAUAUCAACCCUCUUUGAGCUGGCCCGGAACCAAGAUCUGCAGAGUGCUUUGAGGGCAGAGAGUAAGGAGGUGGGGGCACGGCUCCAAGAGACUCCACAACUAUUGGUCAAGGAACUGCCCCUGCUUCGUGCUACCAUCAAAGAGACCCUGAGGCUUUAUCCAGUUGCCCCGGUCAUACAUCGCUACCUGGCCAAGGACACGGUCCUGCAGAAUUACAGUGUCCGUGCUGGCACCCUGAUCCAGAUCUUCCUCUAUGCCAUGGGCCGCAGCCCAGAGGUGUGGGCCAGGCCUGAACACUAUGACCCCUCUCGCUGGUUGGCUCCCAAUAAUCAGGUCUCCAACUUCCGCUUCUUGUUCUUUGGCUUUGGGGUUCGCCAGUGCAUUGGCCGCAGGCUAGCUGAGACAGAAAUGCUCCUCUUCUUGCACCAUAUCUUGAAAAAUUUCCAGGUGGAGACUUUAUGUAAGGACAACCUGAACUUGAUUUAUCGCUUCGUCCUUCACCCAAAAUCCUUCCCACUCUUUACCAUCCGUAUCCUUGAUUAA